AUGGCAGCCCUCACUUGCUCUGCCUCUGACCUCCACUCUUUGCUAGGUGGUGCUGCCAAUGCCACGGCUGCUGCUGAGUACAUUUGCAGCCGCUUUGUUGCUGUUUCAAACCAUUUUGUUGACACAACCUAUGCUGUUGACAACACUUACCUUCUUUUCUCUGCCUACCUUGUCUUUGCCAUGCAACUUGGUUUUGCCAUGUUGUGUGCAGGGUCUGUACGUGCAAAAAACACCAUGAACAUUAUGCUAACCAACAUUCUUGACGCUGCCACUGGUAGCCUUUUUUAUUACCUCUUUGGUUUUGCCUUUGCCUUCGGUGGUCCUUCCAAUGGAUUCAUUGGCAAGCAGUUCUUAGGCCUUGCAAAGUUUCCUUCACCUUCUUUCGACUAUGGCUACUUCCUUUAUCAGUGGGCUUUUGCCAUUGCAGCUGCUGGGAUCACUAGUGGAUCCAUCGCUGAGAGAACCCAAUUUGUUGCGUAUUUGAUAUACUCUUCAUUCUUGACUGGUUUGGUUUACCCUAUUGUCUCUCAUUGGUUCUGGUCAGCUGAUGGUUGGGCUAGUGCUGGUAGAGCUGAUGGUAAUCUUUUAUUUGGAUCCGGGGUCAUUGAUUUUGCUGGUUCUGGUGUUGUUCAUAUGGUUGGAGGGAUUGCUGGACUCUGGGGUGCCCUCAUUGAAGGCCCCCGGAUGGGCCGAUUCGACCACGAAGGCAAGGCGAUGGCUCUUCGAGGACAUAGUGGUACACUGGUUGUUUUGGGCACGUUCCUAUUGUGGUUUGGCUGGUAUGGUUUCAAUCCAGGUUCAUUUCUCAGCAUCUUGAAGGCUUAUGGAGAUGUCGGUUCUUAUUAUGGCCAAUGGAGUGCUAUUGGUAGAACAGCGGUGACAACCACACUUGCAGGAAGCUCUGCUGCACUAACCACUCUCUUUGGUAAACGCAUGCUUGCUGGCCACUGGAAUGUCACUGAUGUUUGCAAUGGUUUGCUGGGCGGUUUUGCAGCAAUUACCUCAGGCUGCUCGGUCGUAGACCCAUGGGCAGCCAUCGUUUGCGGUUUUAUUGCAGCUUGGGUCCUAAUUGGCUGCAACAAGGUGGCAGAGAAAUUCCAAUAUGAUGAUCCUUUGGAGGCAGCACAACUUCAUGGAGGGUGUGGUGCGUGGGGUAUUAUCUUCACUGCAUUGUUUGCCAAGGAAACAUACGUCAAUGAGAUUUAUGGUGGGAAACCAGGGAGGCCAUAUGGACUGCUGAUGGGAGGUGGUGGGAGGCUCUUGGCAGCGCACAUGGUCCAGAUAUUGGUGAUCGCAGGAUGGGUGAGCGUGACGAUGGGGACAUUGUUCUGGAUUCUGCACAAAUUCAAGCUCCUGAGAAUCUCGGCAGAUGAGGAGAUGGCAGGAAUGGAUUUGACAAGCCAUGGUGGAUUGGCGUAUGCAUAUUAUGAUGAACAUGACGAUGCAAUGCAAAAAAAAUAA